AAUUUUACCAAGGCCCUACUAACGUGUACGUCUUUGGAGUGUGAGAGGAAACCGGAGCACCCGGAGAAAAUCCAUGCAGCCAUAGGGAAGAACGUACAAACCUCAUCCAGACAGCACCCAUGGUCAGGAUCGAACCCGGGUCUCUGGCGUCGUAAGGCAGCAGCUCUACUGUUGUGCCACCGUGCUGCCCUAAUGUUCUAAUUUCAGUAUCUCCACAUUGGGGUGGGAUACAGGGACAAACAGAUCUCCCUGAGAGUGGAAAGAGUUAAUAGGAACCACACCACUUCACAUGGUGGGUGUAUGGAAUUAGCUGCCAGGGGAGGUAGUGGAUGCAGGUACAAUAACACAUUUAAAAGACAUUUGGACAGGUACAUGGAUAGGAACGGAUAUGGGCCAAACGCAGGCAAAUGGUGCUAGCUUAGAUGGGCCAUCUUGAUCAACAUGGACGUGUUGGGCUGAAGGGCCUGUUUCUCUGCUGCAUGACUUUAUGACCUUUUAGAGCUGAUUUCAUUCAUGCUUUUGUUUCCAGAAAUGGUCCCUUGGAUGAGGAACUACUGUCCUAAGGAAAGACUAGAGGCUGAGACUGUUUGUACGUUCAAACUCCAGGACGUCCUUUUCAGGUGCAGAUAUACGGAUGGGAAGGGUUAAGAGGGUCAUGGGCCAAAUGCAGGCAAAUGGGACUAGCCCAAAAUACUAACGGUCGGCGUGGGCAAGGUGGACCAAAGGUGUACAGUGUGGCAUGGUGGUAGAGUUGCUGACUCAUUGCACCGGGGACCUGGGUACGAUCCUGACCACGGGUGCUGUCGGUAUGAAGUUUGCACGUUCACCCUGUGACCUGCGUGGGUUUUCUCCAAGGGCUCCGGGUUUCUCCCACACUCCAAGGGCAUCGAAGUUUGUAGGUUGCAUGGCCGGUAAAAUUGUAGAUUGGCCUUAGUGUGUGUGGGAUAGUGUUAGUGUGCGGGGGUCGCUGGUCCGUGUGGACUCGGUGGGGACAAAGGGCCUGUUUCCGCGCUGUAUCAUUAAACUAAAAUACAGUUCUAUGGCUCCAGCAACAGCAGCCUCAGAAAGGAGGUGAGGAGGAAUUUCUUUAGUCAGAGGGAGGUGAAUCUACUGAAUUUAUUGCCACAGUCAGUGGAUAUUUUGAAGGUGGAGAUUGACGCGUAUGGGUGUCAAGGGUUAUGGGGAGAAGGCAGGAGAACGGGGUUGAGAGGGGAGGGAUAGAUCAGCCAUGAUUGAAUGGUGGAGUAGGCUCGAUGGGCCGAAUGGCAAACUUCUACUCAUAAGACCUGUGCAUUUAUCAACUCAUCUUUGGUUCCUGUGUGAAAGAUCGUAGUUUAGUUUAAUGCAACAUAUUGAAUGGGUGAAGGGAAAUAUGUCAGGACAGCGUGUAAUUUUAAUCUCAUGACUAAGUCCUGUUUGUGGAAUGUUAGCUGACUAUUCACAGUAACAUCUCUACCUGUAACAGUAUCAUUUUACUUGGGAUGCAAUAGAUUUGCUUACACCUCCGACUAUACACUGGCAACACUGAACAAUGUAUAUGCAAAGUUAUUCAUUGCUUCUGCAGUUAGUUUCGUCCUUUUUGCAUUGCGUUUAAUUGGUUUGUUAUCUUGUCCAAAUGUUUGUUUUAGUUUUUGGAAACCACUGGUUGCCGACCAAAAAAAAAAAAAGCCCCUGGGGUUGAAUGAAGGUCCUUCCCUUUAAUUAAGCCGGUUGCUGCUGCCAUGCAAGUGUAUGAGGUGUUGCCGUGCUCCUAUUCGGAGAGGCAGCGUUGCAGUGGUACUCCAGUGUGACCGACACAAGGCGCUGGGAGCCGGGCAGUAGAGGCGAGCUCAGUCGUCUUGCAUGCUGUUAUUCGGAGUUACUUCGGCUGCUUCUGCAGGAUGGGUGGAGGGGUCCCUCUGGUGACGGAUCGCAGUAUUACGACCACACAGGCGAUGCCAAGCAGAGGAACAUGGUGAGACGGAAAUACUGAACAACCUCGCAAUAUGAGAAGCACGCUGAACUGCAGUGCAGUCUGCAGCUCCGUGCAAUGCACCAUUGACCCGGGCCUCAGCACACAAGACGGGAUACAAGUUCUGCAGCAACUGUGCAGACUCCAAGCAGACAUAACACCUGAGGCUGACGAUAUCUCCCCCGUAUUACUGGGUGUGAUGGGCAUCUUGCUAUCAUGUGGCAUCCUCCUUGCUCUGUUUUUCCUUCUCUUCACCAUCAGGUUGAAAAACAAUAGGAUUGUGAAAAUGUCCAGCCCAAACCUCAACAUAGUGACAAUUAUUGGAAGCAUUUUAACGUACGGCAGCGGUUACAUGUUCGGGCUGAUGGAAGGAAGGACAGUGACAGCAGAAAUAUCAACCAAGCUGAUCAUUCAGAUUCGCAUCUGGACACUGUGCAUAGGAACCUCUUUGAUAUUUGGACCCAUACUGGGGAAGAGCUGGCGCCUGUACAAGGUCUUCACUCAACGAAUCCCUGAGAAGCGAGUGAUCAUCAAAGACGUGCAGUUACUGGGGCUGGUAGCGGGGGUGAUUGGCGUGGAUGUGCUGGUUCUGGUGACGUGGGGCAUUGCUGAUCCGCUGGAGUGUACACAAUCCAUAAAUGCAGCAAUAAGGGCAAUUGAGAAAGAUCUGUCUUACUCCAUCACAACAAUUAAAUGGUGUUCAUCCCACUAUACAGACAUCUGGAUUAUUCUUAUUUCACUUCUAAAGGGGAGUCUUGUGCUGUAUGGUACCUAUCUAGCUGGUCUAACGAGCAAUGUCAGCUCUCCCCCCGUUAACCAGACCACCACCAUCAUGGUGGGAGUUUACGUGGUCAUGUUCACCGCAGGAAUUAUCAUCCCCAUCAUCAGAUUCCUGGAUUCCUGGCCCAACCUAACCUACGGUGUCACCACUGCAGGAAUCUUUGUCUGCACCUCAACAAUCAACUGUCUCAUCUUCAUUCCACAGGUCAGACAAUGGAAGAAAUUUGAUGAAGAAUUAAACCGUACGCCUAAUCAAAUUUCCAAGUAUUUGAAUAGUCCAAGCAAGACUUUCCGUUCUAUGUACAGCGACGAGCAGAUCUAUCACCUGCUUGGGGAGAAUAACUCCAUGAAACGUCUUCUCACUGAGAAAAAUGCAACGAUUGAAUGUCUGCAGGAGCAGGUUAAUAAUGUGAAGGAGAGGCUGAUGUAUCUAAUGGAGCCAGAAUACAUUGACGAGCUUAGGGAUGAUAUUCCAGCUUCACAACCCAGCACGGCUUGCAGCCCUGUGAUACAUUCUGCGGUCAUGAGUCCCAACACAACAACAGGAGAUUCACUUGAGGAUGAGCCUUUGUCAGACGUGCUAAAUAAUCAAGAUCACAGCUCUGUAUCACAGCAAGACAUUCAAGCUGUGCCAUUGCAGGGCCAUUUGGGACAAAUCGGACAUGACACUGAGAUUAGUCCAGAAACUGUUUUGCAUUCUCAAGAGGGGAUAGAAGUCUUAAAAGAUUCUGGAUGUUUUUACCGAGACCCUGAGAAUUAUCCAAACUCUGAGACUAUUACAGGAUCUUUUCAAAAGGCACUCGAUACUCUGGAAAUAACAUUCGAAAUUCCGAGCAAUUUGGACAAUCGAGUGAGAAUCAUGCAGGAUCCUUCAGGUGAAAUGCUCACCUCUUCCUCAGCCCGGCCAGCAAUUGUAACUGGGGCAGAUGCAAAACCUUCGAUAGGCGGUCCAAUAAAAGAGAUGAAAAGCAAGUUUGUGAACAGUGAGAAGCUGCAGGAGAUCCUGCAAGAGUUGAAUGUUAAUGCUGUGAACACAAUCUAUUCACCAAAUAAAGCAAGACGAAUCCUACCGACUGGGAACCUUGGACAAUACGGUGGGACUGCAGAGUGGAUGAAACAUCACUGUCAUAACAUUUCUCCGUACAUGAUGAGACGAAGGAGGCCACCAUUUUAUUCAAUAAGGAGUGUACCUCCUCCAUAUUACAUCCUACAUUCAACACCUCAACAUGCAAAAUAUAUCAACAAAGAGUCCAACAGGGACACGAUAAAUGCAUUACCUACUGACCAUACUCAAUUACAAGGGACUCCGCCAGCUAUUACCAGAUGUAAAUCUGGUCCAGCAGUCCAGCAGUCUACCAAGGUUACAGUCAGUGGAAAAUAUACAAAUGCACCUUAAUGCCCGGCAAACACCUCCAAAAACAGAACAAGGGGAUGGACAUGUCCACUCUCUGACUUCAGGAGAAGAUUGUAUUAUCAAAUCCCAUUCAGACCUGAAAACAGACUUACCCUCUAAAGAAAUUCAAAUAGGUGGUGCAGAG